AGAUAAUAAUAAAUGACACCGAGGAUUUACGUGGUAUACCCUGAUUUUGGGCCAGUCCACGGGAACAGCAGCUCCGGAGUAUUUCUUUACUAUAACAAUGGUAGGUUACAGAGAUUUUCUCGAUACAAGAAAUAGAACACACGGUGUUUCCCAAACAACCUCACUAUUUCACUCACAAGGAAAUCUCCUAUCUACCCGUGAUUGUGAAAACGUUUCACAACCGAAACCACAAGAAAGAAAUAGAACCGAGAGCUAGCAAAGAGGAAUGAUGAAGAUGGAAAAAUGGGAUGCUUUCCAAAGGGAACUCAACGUCCCUUUUAUAGCAAAAGAAGAGGGAACCAAAUUAAUGAAUUUGGUUGGGAGUUCACCUGCUUCAUCUGCUUGCCAUUCACUUUUUUUUUUUUUUUUUGAAUUAUCACCGCCAAUCUUGUUGGCCUUUUCCCUGCCACAUGAGCCGGGCCCA